AAUAGACGAAGUACGUCAGAAUGUCAGGAAAGACAAAAUCAGAUGGAGGGAGAGACUUACAAAUUGGCGAUUCUAAUAUUGUCCUAGGCACUGGCCGGUAGCUCCCGACAAGCCGGACGCAGUGAACCGACCGUCUCGGCAACAUCGACAUUAGGAACGCCGUUGUCGUUGAUCUCGCGAAAAUUCAUAAAAAUUCAUUGAAAAUUCAUUAAAAAGAAACAAAAAUUGUGUGCACCAUGGACAAGUAUACAAAAGUGGUACUCGACCGGGUUUGAUUAGUGACAUGUUGCCGGAAGUGAGUCUGUAAGCGGAAGUGUUGUCCAGGAAUUCCCUCAGAGCAUUUGCAAGAAUAAAGUUUGGAAGGAAAGUGAUCGAAUUUCGUAACGAUGACGGCGGUGGUUACAAGCCCGUUGCCAGUUGAAGAAAUCGUCCCAGUCUCUGUCAUUAAGUUUCCUUGUUACUUGAAAAAAAAUAACAAAAAAGAACGCCUUGAAAGGGAGACACGGAUUGCUCGUACCUUGUCGUUCUCGUUGACGUAUCAACAACGUUGGAGACGCCCUGGAAGUUUCCCGUGGAGUUUUUCCAUCAUGCUGAAGUUCAGAGCAUCGGGCCAACGAAAUUGCAGCUACACGGUUAAUCCGGGCAGUAAGGCGGCUCAGCAGGGGGUGAGAGAGGGCGAUUUAAUUAGUAGCAUUAAUGGCAGGAGUACCAGGGAUCUAACGAACAGCGAGGCGCAUGCACUCUUACGAAAUGCUGGGGAACAAUUGAAGCUUGGUCUCAAUCAAGAAAACAUUGGCUCCCCAAAGAGACGAAUUUAUAAGAGCAGCCUGCAAGAAAAUAGCACCACCGAAAUUCUCAGUAAGACAACGACGACGAAAAGUACAAGUGCAUUGAAUACAAGAAUUGUAACGACAGAAUCGAAGAAGAACGAAACCAAUAACACAAAACCCGAUCAGAGUUUUGCCAAUCAGAACGGUGGUCCGAAGAGUUCCUUGAUCGAGCAACGAGACGGAACCAAUAAAAGAUUUACCGAAUCCUUGGAGUACGCGACAGACGCGGAAGACGUAGCCAUGCCGCACGGAGCGCGAAACCGCAGGAAUCGCAAAGGUCGCAACAGGAGGCGGUUCCAACGACCUCCAACCCCUGAAAGAGCACCGAAAGACGACGAGAAGCGACUAGAAGAAACACCAAACGACCUACGAGCUUCCUCACAGAGAACGAACGACACGAUACACAGUGACGACGCAGACCCAUCGAAACACAUCGAAACAAACGAAGAAGUCGACGAGGUUCCAAAUGCCUCCAACAACCUCGAGACUCUCAGAAACACGGAGGAGAGAUGUAGAAUCCGCAAAGGCACCGUGGAGCCCAGCGUGAAGGUCGUGGAGAUCACGACCCUAAGCAGCCUGCCGCUAGCGGCCAGGAUCGAUCACAUACCAGGAGUCGGUAUUCUAGAAACAGGCAACAAAGACGACUCGGUCGGUAAUGCAGGUAUAAUCACCUUCAGCGACGCCCUGGAGCCGUUUCGCUCGGCUGCCGAGGCCGUCGACGCUCUAACGCGCGGCGGACGCCUGCAAAUCCAUGACGUAAGCGACUGCGACGUCGAAACCGCGAACGUCAAACCGGUUAUCGUGGAAAUGGAGUCGGACGUCGAGAGAGAUGCGACGGAAGCGCCCUCUGAUAACGAUAUAGAGGAGACGGGGUGCGCCGAGGCCCAUGUUUGGGACAGCGUGAUGCCUAGGGACGUGGAGAGGAAAUUGAGGAGCUUUAUCGAGGACUUGAAGUUGCCGACGUACGCGGAGGACGCGGAGGACGCGGAGGAGACGUGGAGAUCGAGCGAGCGCGUGCGCAGUUUGACUUAUAAAAAGGUUAGGAAACGUGCGGCGCUGGAGUCGUACUACGCGCACUCUGUGGCCGCGAACCGAUUCCUGGAUAUUAUACAGGAGGAGGGGGAGAAGCUGUCGGAGGACGAGGAGCAGCACAUCAGGGAUUUUAUUAAUGAAGAGAUCGGCAAGUAUCGGAGGGAGGAGAGGCGCACCGAUCGACGGAAGUGGGACUUGGAGGCGGGAGGAAGGUUGGAGUGGGAGGAACACGUGAUGAAGAUGGACGCGGUGGAGGGAGAUUCGGAUACGGAUGGCUCGGAGUGGGAGGACGGCGCGGAUUUGAGGAUUAGGGUGAGGGGAGUGAGGGGAGCGGUGUCGAAUGUUGGAGAGGGAGUGGAGGAAGAGGGGGGAGAAUCGGUUGAGGAGGAUGGGUGUGGGUCGAGGGGAAAUUUGGAUGUAGAGGGGUCGGAAUGCGAGGGAAGGAGGGCGAGUGGAGAAGUAUUUGCAGGGAGGUAUGGUUUAUAUGGGGUGGAUUUGAAAGGAAGUGAUUUGGGAUUGCAAAGAGGGAUGAAGGAAGGGAAGGAGAUUUUGGAAAUGGGAGGAGAGUUGCUAGAUGAAACAGAUGAAAAGAAUUUGGUGGUAGAGAGCGUUUCAGAGGCAGGAAGAUCAGAAUUUGAGAAGACUAGAAAUGAAACUAGAAAUUACACUAGAAACGAAGCUAGAAAUGUAACUAGAAAUGAAACUGGAAGUGAAACUAGAAAUAAAACUAGAAAUGAAAGUGGAAAUGAAACUAGAAAUGAAAGUGGACAUGAAACUAAAAAUAAAACUAGAAAUGAAACUAGGAAUGAUAAUCCACUAGUUGAAAAGAAUUUGAAAGGAGCUGUCUCAGAAUCACCAAGUGGCACGAAGGAAGACAAGGAAAUUUUGGAAAUGGGAGGAGAGUCACAGUUGACAGAUGAAAUAAAUAAAAAGAAUUGCGUGGUAAAGAGCGUUUCAGAGGCAGCAAGAUCAAAAUUUGAGAAGACUAGAAAUGAAACUAGAAACGAAACUAGAAAUGUAACUAGAAAUGAAACUGCAAGUGAAACUAGAAAUAAAACUAGAAAUAAAACUAGAAAUGAAACUAGAAAUGUAACUAGGAAUGAAACUAAAAAUGAAACUAGAAAUGAAACUAAAAAUGAAACCAUAAAUAAAACUAGAAAUGAAACUGGAAAUGAAACUGGAAAUGAAACUGGAAAUGAAACUAGAAAUAAAACUAAAAAUGAAAGUGGAAAUGAAACUAAAAAUGAAACUAGAAAUAAAACUGCAAGUGAAACUAGAAAUGAGGCUGAAAGUGUAACUGGAACUGAAACUAGAAAUGAAACUGGAAAUGUAACUAGGAAUGAAACUAAAGAUGAAACUGGAAAUGAAACUAGAAAUAAAACUGGAAAUGAAACUAGAAAUGAAACUAAAAAUAAAACUGAAAAUAAAGCUCAGAACAAAAGCGACACACUCGCAAAAGAUCCCCAAAGAAAUUUAAAAGAACCCCUACAAGAACAACAAUACAAAAAAACCUUCCAAGAAACAAACACUAUAAAAAUAUCGCGCGAGACGCCGAUAAAUAAGUUACCAUCCAGUAAUGAGAACUCCAAUGAUUUCACAGCAAACGCCAAACAAUCGGAAACAGGAAAAUCGCAUUUCUCGCAAAAUAGUUCAACCAUUACUGAAUUCGCGACAGCAGAAUCAAAAGCAAGACACGACGAAUUAAAAUUGGAUAACUGUCAGGAUUCUCGCAUGGCGUUGCCAAAGCAGCCAGAGAUUAAGCAGUUGGAAAUAGCAACAGACAUUUCCGAUUCUAAAAAUGUGCCAUCGAUCAGCGAGCCUGUGAAAAAGAAGCUGCAAGAGAAAAGUGAUGUUAGAAGAAAUUGUAUGUUGCCGGAAAGUAAAGAAAAAAAUUCUGCCAAUGCAGAAGGCUCUGAUAAAUCACUGAAUUUUUCCAAGGCGCCGAGUAAGAAUUUGGAAGCUGAAAAGGAGGCAACAGAAGUUAGAAUAAAUGAAAAUUGUGAAGCGAGCAUGUUGGCAGAAAAUGGAGACAAAUUUUCCAGUGCAGAUCAUGAAGGACUUAAUUCAAGCAAUACUAAUCCAUCGAGGUAUGUUUCAGAGACUGAAAAACAGGCAAUAGAAGUCGGAAUAAAUAAUCCUGAAGCGAGCACGUUGUCAGAGAAUGAAGAAAACUUUUCCGAGAACUCUGCUAAUGCAAAUAAUGAGCCACUCAAUUCAAACGACACUGAUUCACCUAGUAAUGUUUCUGAAAAACAGGCAAUAGGAGCUGCAAUAAAUAAUCCUGAAGCGAGCACGUUGUCAGAAAAUGAAGACAACUCUGCCAAUGCAGAUAAUGAGCCACUCAAUUCAAACAACAUCGAUUCACCUAGCAAUGUUUCUGAAAAACAGGCAAUAGGAGCUGCAAUAAAUAACCCUGAACCUAGUAUACUCUCCCAAAAUGAAUUAAACUCUGCCAAUCUAAACACGGAAUCACUCAAUUUCCGCAAUCUUAAUCCACUGACCACCACCGAUACCUCAAACCCCGCAAAACCCUCAACGAAACCUGCAACAAACACAGAAUAUCCAGCCCCAACUCUUGUACCACCCCAGUACGCAAAAUUGCAAUCACAAGUGCCAAACGUUUCCACGAAAAAAGACCACCGUCGUCCGCCCACGCCACCAAAGAGAUCAUCCAGCCUCAUGGAUGUCGAUUUCUCAGAAAACUCGAGCACUCGUCCUCUUAAUCUCGAUGCCAAUCUCCCAGAGCCUCCGAUCCGCCGCAAAAGGGACAAACGAAAGACAAACGAAAUCUCGGUCGAAGACAGUCCACCAAAUCGUCCUCCAUUGCCCAAAGAAAGCCUCGACGCGUCCAAGCCGCGAUUCACCGCAUCGCCAGCACAGUCGACACCGAUCGAAAGUGUCAGCGAUAUUCUCAGCGUCAUCGGAAGCCUGUCGGAAGUUCCCUCGCGAAACGACGCCGGCUCUCGCGACAACAGCCUGGCCGACUCGUGCCGCUUACCGAUUGCUGACGACUCGAGGGUCCGCGGAGCCACGGCUCGUUUCGAUAGUGACAGCAUCGCCGGAUCGCGCGAUUGCGUCGGGAACGGCGCCGGGCUUGGCAAUGAGGCAAGUCCUGAAAUAACGUGCCGCUACGCGCGGGAAAAGACGCGCGAAAAAUGCUCGGUGCCCGAGUCGUCGACGACGUCCACCGCGUUAGGAUCAGCUGAGCAGUUAAAGAAAGCAGUUAUGGAGUCUUUAAACGUCAAUAAGGAGACCUUCGAGCGUGAGGAGUCUAGAAUUGAAAAGGAAAUGGAGAGGUCCGAGAAACGAUUGGGAGAGGAUGUCGAAUCCAUACGGGAGCAUCAGGUACUCAGCGAGAAGCAGGUUCGCACCAAGGUCGCUAAAAAUAUAACCAAGAGCACCAAGACGAUCCGAUCCACCGUCAGCGACGUCAAGAGGAGCGAACAAGUCCUCGGAAAUGUUUGUUCGAAGGAGCUGACGACCAGCGAGGAAGAGUUCGAAGAGAUAUACAAUCAUUCGAGGAUAACAGAUGAUAGAGCGAGUUGCUAUGCUCGCGAAACCGGUGACGACUGUGAUCGAACCAAGCAAGGAACCGAUAGCAAGGACGAGGAGCGAGGCUCCAGGACCGAACAGUCGAGCGAACCCCAAGGCGACAAGGAAAAGACUGAUACAGCGGACUGCCAGGCCCAGGACUCGUCCAGUAGCGCCACCUCGCUGAGCACGGUGAAGUAUAAUCCAAUGGAAGCGUGGCAAGCCGACGUUUGUUCGAUAAUAGCGGAGGAAGCGAGGAAGAGCAAACUCAGGCGCGAGGACACCGAGUCGUCCAGUCUGAAGAGCAAGCUUCCUCUCUUAAAAAGAGAGGAACCGUACGACCCCGCGACCAGUCACGAGCCUCCAUUGUCCCCAGAGCCCAUACCUUACUCCCCAGUGGAAGAUUUAUACUACGUACCCCUGGAAACUGAAGAUAAUUCCAAAAGUCUCUAUGAAAGUGCCAUCGGAGUUGUCCCGGAGUCUCUGAAGAACCUCUGCAUCAAGCGAAUUCUGUCCAUGCCGUACGGUCUCCAGGUAAUCAACGAGAUAACGGUGCCCAAGUUCGACAUCUUUGAAAGCCUGCGCUCUAUACCGAGCUCUAUACCUCUAUGCACUGUGUUCGCUAGGACAGGAGUGAAGGGAGUAACUGGGAGCGAGGUUAAAGGCGUUCCAGUAAACAUGCAUGGCUGGAGUGGAACCUCUGUUUCGGGCCGGAAGAAACCGGAGCGGUUCGAAGGGAAGGAAGAGAAGGCGAAGAAAGAAAAGGCGAAGAAAGAGAAGGAGAAGAAAGAGGAAGCGAUGGUGGAUGGGAGUUCGUGGCUAGGUCUCACCACCGCAAGAGACCCGAGGCUGCUCGUCUGUCUUUCACCAUCGCAGCAGAAGACGGCGAUAAAGACCAGCGCCGAUAACUUGUUGGACCUCCACAGGAAGUUCCUCAACAGGCACAGCUACUACGAGGAGGAACCACCGGCGAGGGUUCCGGUUCCUAAAUACAGGGUCGAGGUACGUCCGGUGGUCCAGGAAGCAGAGAGGAGUCACGGAUCCUGCAAACCGGUUGGAAUUGACAGCAAGCCGACCAAUAGACUACUGGAGAUCAUAAAGGAGAACUCUGGGAAUGAUCGGGCUCCUGAGCAAUUAAAGAGCACUGUAAAUGAGAAAGUGAGGUUCGAGGAAACGAGUCGGUCCGAGUCCACCGCGAGAUCCACCGUUGAUAAAGGUCGGGAGCGUCUCAAGGCCACUCGCCUCUGCGACUGGUUGCACCUUGCUAGAUGCGAGCCCGUCGAUGCGCCGUGCCACGCGCUCUCCGAAUCUCUCUCCGGAUCUCUCUCCGAUGAUUUAUUAAUAGAACCGUCGGGUGAGAGAGAGUCCUUUAAGACACCUCCGAGCGUCCCCGCGCGAUUUCACAGCAACCAACCGGAUACAAAGGAUCUCGACGACAACAAACACACAUGCUUCGCGAUCCCAUCCUCGAAUUCACCAAAAAGGCCAGACCCUCCAGCCAGAAGCUCCACGCCGUUCAACAGGAGCCCCAUCACGCUGAACAGCGCCCUAAUCGACAAAUCGCCCUCAUCGGCCGCCAUGAUGGAUCCCGCUGGCAAGAAGACGCCGCCUCGAAGGACUAUCGACCCGCGCUACAACGUAAAUCCGGCGCUGAUCGACGACAGGGUCGAGGUUCCGCCGCGAACGAAACGCGUGGUGAAUGUGGACAGGUCGUGCAUCGACACCACGAGCAUCUUCGACCAGAGCCCGCCCAGGUGCCACCUGGAGCCGCGCAGGUACAAGAACCCGGAGAAUCUCAAGCACGUGACCGCUGCGGAGAUCAUGGAGAACCUGAAGAUGCUCCAGAUGGACGCGGAGGAUCAGCUGGAGGACACAGGCCGGGAAUCACUGUCGAGCGACCUGGCGCAGCAGUUGAGGUAUGUAGAAUUGCUGGAGAACCAACUGAAGAAUGUUAUAUUGGCCGAGGAGGAGGAGAAGGAGGCCUUCGAGGAGUUCCAGGUGCAGGUGAAGCGGUGGCGGGAGAGAGGAACACCGGAGGAGUCGAAGACGUCGGGAGUGAGGAGCAAAAGCUCCUUGGAGAAGGAUGGUUCUAUGGAGAAGGAUCGCUCGGAAAAGGUAGACAAGGACGGGAAGAAAGAGUCAGAGUCGGAGUCCCGGCAGAAGAUUGAGACCCUGGCGCCAUCUACUAUCGCGAGCGUGGCGCCAUCUACCAUCGCGAGCGUGGCGCCAUCUACCAUCGCGAGCGUGGCGCCAUCUACCAUCGCGAGCGUGGCGCCAUCUACCGUCGCGAGCGUGGCGCCAUCUACCAUCGCGAGCGUGGCGCCAUCUACCAUCGGCGAGAGUGAACAGCUUCCCAAGAUGGCGGCCGAGACGGGCCAUAUCUCGGAGAGCAACCGAGAAACCACAAGACUCGGGAAACCAAGAACCUCGGCCGUCCUGGUUAACGGCGAGGCGUUCCGUCGCCGGAUGUACGACGAGUAUGUGGACAAGGUCCUGGAGAGGGAGGAGAGGAAGUAUCACAAAGUCGUGAAGAUCAGCACGCACGAGGAAAUCGGUAAACCGAAGGGGAAAUCGGAGAUGAGCGCCGUCGAGAGAGAGUUUAUCGAGAAGGCGAGGAGCAGACUGAACAAAUUCGGAAUAAACCUCGACGGGAGCGAGUCGGAGACCGAGGGUGGGAGAGACAGCGAGGGGAGGAGACGAGGGGAAGUCGAGGAGAGGGGCGACAUUCCAAGAGCGAAGUGUUUGAUCGACGGGAAGGAAUUCGGGGACGAGAGAGAAUUGCCCGAGCAUUUGCAAGAGUUCCUUCGAAUAUCCGCAACGACGAACGCCAGCGACGUUGUAGGGCGUGGUUAUGAUUUUGCGACAAAGGGGAAUGACAAUGAAAGCGAUCUGCUGCACGAGAUCGACGGUGCUUUGAAAGUCGGCAAAGGAUUUCUGUUUGGGAAAGAGAACGUUAUGUUCGCUCCCACGUUUAAAGCUUCGUCCGCGACACCAGGCAUUUGGUCACCUGGAAGUGAGCCACCGCCAGACCCCAAGGAGCCAAGUCCUCAUCGAAAAGAGUCUCAAAAGGACGACGGAAUCCCUCCCGUUUGGACACCUUCCAGCGCCGGAGCCAGUCCUGUUCCAGAGAGAAAGGAAUUUCGACCGGUGCAAUUUGAAAGCCCCGUUCUAAGCCGAAAAAAACUAGCACAGCAGGAAACUGCUCAAGAGACACCGCCACCUUGGAAAGCUGAAGAAGGAAGGAAGGAAACGUUGGAAAGUAGUUACGAGAGCAGCACACGAAUCGUUAAUUCGCAUUCAGCCCCUUCGCAAGGGCUAAACUCGCUGGCAUCGACGCCCCGUCUGCCUCGUGCUCAAAAUCCAACCAUAACUUUGCUGCAAAAAGCAAGGGAGGGACAAUUACCAAAAGGGGCAGCUUACUUAGAGGAAACCGAAACGGUGAGGCGCCCCCUGAGUGACGAAAAGCCACUAAUUAGCCCCGGAGAGAUAAUCUACACUGUGAAGAAAGAGUACGAGAGCGAGCCGGAAACGGAUAAUGAACCGCCGAAGAAGAUGGCCGAUUUGGGUCCUCGAAAAUUCUCGGGUAUUGGCCCGACGACUAAGGAGGGUAUUCCCCUCGUUUUGAGAUCGGAAGUCAAGGAGAAUAAUCAAACAAAGUGGUACAAGAAAAUGUAUGACUCGUUGCACCGUACUGAUAGAAGCGAUGACUACGUAACCAUUCGUUACAAACCAAGACGAGGGAUAAGGUACGGCUACGGAAGCAGCAGUGGAUACUUGAGCGAGCCGGAACACCGCUUGUACUCCGAACGUUCUGCUACAUUUGAUAGUCGUCGACGUCUACGUAACAAAGAAAAUGAUUUCUCCACGUCGACUAUGCCCAGGAAAAACGGAGCGCUGAAAUACAGCACGGAUAUUUACAAGAAUCAACCAGGACGCAUCGAGGAUUACGAGCCUGGACGGUCGUCCAUCGCCGAAAAGGAAGCCAAAGAGUGGUGGGACGAGGUCAUGGACAUAUUUGAUGGGUGGUUGAACGAGAAUGGACGUCCUCAGGGUACGGGGAUGGAGGAGCUGAGGAACGCGCAGCUGAGCCACCGUGUUCUAAGCCUCUCCUACCGACCGGAAACUAGUCGCAAUCCAUUCGAUCAACGAAACAACCGUCCAGCGAAACCGUAUAUGGCACAUGCUCUUAAAGAAUCAGGCUACGAGAGUGAUUCUACGCUAGUGUUUCGUCGCAAAGAAGACAUAAGUCCUUUGAGUCAACUCGAGCAAAGACUGGCUUACAAAACAGUGCAAAGCGGCGGUGACGUGCCCCUUCAUGGACUUCGCAAACCAGCUCCCGAACGACCGAAGGACGACUCGGUGGUCGAGUAUUUCCCUAUCUCGCCCACGUUGACGCGGAUCCGCGUUCACAGGAGAACCGCUUCGUCAACUCGAGUAUCCUCGAUCAUCCGAACCCCAACCAUCAAGAAAAUGGACGUUUCAUCAAAACCGAAAGAUUUCACCAAUCCCCGCGGCAGAACAUUUCCGUUAACGAGGCCGCCAUCGCCUCCGCGGAGACAAUCCUCGCGAAACAACAAAACCCUGAAGCUGUACACCCAACAGCAACCGGUGGGCACGUCUCAGAGCUCCAAAUCGAGGCACAGGCAGUGCUUCGCUCCCGACAGCGCAUCAAACAUUAACUCUGCCAGAGAACGUUUCUGUAAUUUAGAAAAAUACAAGAAGAACCGAGAAAACUCGAGGACUUCGAGUCUAGCUCGAGCAACGUCCACGAGUCCCGGCUCGUCUCGAGCGAAACUUCCCGCAAUGGCCGUCAGCUUCAACAGAAAGCCGUCGGAGCGCUGCCCGUCGCAAAGCUUGUCGGACGCAUGCGCAGAGAAAGGCGCAACUGCGCCGCGCAGCAGGAAUCGAGUCUGCGCUGCGACGCCGCCAUCUUGGAAAGUCGUGGCUCCAACCAAGUCUCCCAAGUGCGCAGUUCCCGCGCUAAUGAAGCCGAAGGAAAGGCCUUAUCUUGAAAAUAGUGUUCAUCAUUCCUCGAGUCUGAGGAAUUGUGUGAAGAUAAGAGGGAGUGAACGUUUGGCGAAGAGGGAGCAGGAACAGGUGUCCAAGAGGCUUGUUAAAUCAGUUAAUUUGACACAGAAAUUCAGAGAAGGCGAUGUUCAGACUAGAACUGUUCCGACUGGGACUGUCGUUAGAACAACAUCGACGUUGCACAUUUCCAAGAAUCUUAAUGAUAAAUUUUUGAAAGGAACCUCAAAAGUAUCCUCACAGGAUAUUUCACAUUCGAAGAGAACGGACUCGGCUUUAACCUCAAAGUCGAUGUCUUCGAUGCCAUUGCUGAAGUCAUCCUCGGCACCUUCGGCGUCGGUUAUAAGGAAGUCGGUGUUAACGGACGCCAAGAAGCCUAGAUCGACGACCAAGCCACUGGAGAAGGUAUUAAAUAAGGAUUGUUUAAGAUCGUUGACGCCUUUCUCGGACAGCGAGGCGACCAGGAGGAAGAGGAUCAGAGAGAAGCCUCAGACCAUCACUAGGACACCUGUUCGGAAAGCUGAGACCACUCAGGCGAGUCCUGAUUCGAUUAGGAAAAAGGUGGAGAUGAAGAAGAAAUUGAAGAAAGAUAACGGAAUCGUAAAAGGAAAGAGACUCGCGAAUGGAAAGAAGGAGGUAGAUAAGGAAAGAGAUAAGGACAUCACGAAAAGAGAUAAUAUAGAAAACGAGGAGCCAAACACCAGACGAAAGGCUUAUAAAAUAUUCGAGCAGCCUAGAUUGACCAUAGAGGAAAUCAAAAGACACCAAGAGGCGACGCGAUCGGACUCCUUCUUCCAGAACCUCUUCCUCAGGUCCGCCUCCUCGAGCUCCAGUCAGAACAUUUCCUCCAGGAAAUCCCUGGUAUCCGAACGCGCCAGAAUCUACCAAGAGGGCUGCAUCCGUGAGUCUUGCAGAUCCGAGCCGUCCUUGAAGUCCCUCAGCAUCUAUCUAGCCUACAAACGUCCAGUCUCGAACUCGAAAUUCAGAAGCUGGGAACGCGAGAGUGUCUCUUCGAGGAGCUCCAGCCCGUUCGGCGUCAGCUGGCCCGGCAGGUCCGUGUUCCAGAUGAUCAGCAAGUUCGAUAGUUUGUCAGGCAUCGACGACUUCGGUUCAUCCGCGACACUACGCGACCGUAGUCCGGAUUCGGUCAGGGAACGGCUGAAAGAGAGAAGCUCCAGCGAGCCGCCAUUGAAGGCUCUGUCGGAAUAUACAGAGUCCAGGUGUUCCUCUUCGAGAACCUCUUCGCCGGUCAGGUCGCCGUCUUUUCGGCGCAUAAGAACUCUGAGGCAGGAUAAAGCGGAGGACGCGAGGAAGGUUAGGAAUGAAGAGGUUAGGGCGAGGAGCGCCAACGAGCGCGAGAAGAUAACUACAUUGGGCUCCACCUUGUCGUUAACAAGGAGCACCAGCUCCCUCUGCGCCUUUCCGACCGACCGCGAGGAGUACCAUCGGUACGUUUUCGAAUUGCUACGCGACAGAAGAAAAUCAGAGAAGUACAAAGAGCUGCGGGACUUCUACUGCAGCCUCGAGAGACUCGCCCAGCUGGAGAGGACGUUCUCCACUGGCGAUCUACGACCGAGGAACGAGGAUAUCAUAGACUACGACCGCUGGAAGAGAGUGAGGUCGCGCGAGAAGGCCGAGAGCGAGCGCAACGUCCUCUAUGGGAAGUUAAGAGCGGCUCAACGCGACAAGGACUUCUUGUUCAGUACCAAAGAUACGAGCAGGUUCAAGUGGCGUGGCGAUCGCGGUUUGAGGUGCAAGGAGCGCUCGGUGGAGAACAUAGUGCGGCAGUUUAAGAGGCUGCAGGAUGAGGAGUGCGAGCUGAACUCGGCUAGGAAGAGAGAUCUGCGAGAGAUCUCGUCGAUAAAAGACACUUACAAGCCUCUUUGGCGCGGGACGUCCGUGAUCAACGUCGCGAGCACGAUGCAGGAGAAGGCCAACAGCGGUCGGAACGGCGACAGGAGGUUUGAUCGCUCGGAUCAGCCCUCCCUGCAGAGGAGCCUCGGCGGCAGUAAGAAAUUCUGGAGCAGCCUGUCCAUCGAGCAAGUGGCGACCCUGAAGAAACAGCUGAACGAGAUCUACGGGAGCGGGAAUCUACAGAAAUCAGCGACCGCAGCGUCCCUAAAGCCGGAUACUUACAAGUCCGAGAUCCUCAAUGAUUCUUCUCCUACUGAUACACGGGAACCUCUGUCGAAGUACGAGAUCGAGGUUUCUCCUCGGGUAGACUUAACAGACGGUGCUCGCGACGAUGGGAAAGGGCUUCACGUGCGGUGCCACUCGAUGAUCGCUGCGAACGAGACAUCUGGCGAGAGAUCCUCGAGUCAGAAACUGUCGGUAAAUAGUUCGGAAUUGAAAUUGAAGAGAGGUGACGCCAUUGGCCGAGGGAAGGGCCUGGAGAGGUCCCAAUCGGACGGUUCAGCGAUGAGAUUAUCCAUGAGCGAACUCGAGAAGCAGAGGCUCUCCGUGACGCUAGGAAAGGAGGUCCUGGAUAAAGUCUCCCGGAGGCGGAUGUCAAUGCCUGGUCCUUGCAGUGUGCCUCCAGAGCCGCAGAAAAUACCGAAACCGGUUCUAGCUUCCGUCGCACCCAGCGCAGCUAGCACUUCCCCAAGAAGUUGUUACUCCCUAGAAUCAUCCUACACCGAGGACCCUUCCAAUCCCAAAGAGAGGAACGACUUCCUGGUGGUCCUGACGCCUAACACCGAUAGCUCCGCCGACCGGGAGCGAGUGGAGACCGUACUAGAGGAGUGGUCGCGGAAACCACCUCUCCUGACCGUAGCUCUACCAACCAACAACCUCCAAACAAAAACCGCAGGCUUCAAUUCCGGCAGCGAGAGGGACAGCACCACAGGCAGCUCCGAGACUUCCAUAAAAACAGUGAUCCAACGCAGCGUAGACUACGAGGACGUCCCAAAGAAGAUCGAGUUCUUCGAGAACGUUCAGAAGACGAAGCACGCACCGAAUCGUGGAAACCAAGAUCCAGAAAGGCGCCGGAUCGGUGGACUGUCCCAUUCCCAGAGCUUCGCCGACCUGAAGGAAUUGUUCGGCGAGACGGACUCCGGUAAAUACGCGACCCUGGCGCGUUUGGGUUACCGGACACGCUCGAUAUCCCCGCGGGGAAUGGCGGAGAGAGGGUCCCGCAGCCCCGCGCGGGAAGCGGAUGCCGGCACGCGACGUUCGCUCCGGUCGUGGUCGUGGGACCGUGAACCGGAUAGGCCGGUCAGUCCAUGUCGCGCAACGGUGCGAUCGAAUUCGUCCUGCAGCUUAGAGAGCGUUUGGCUGCGCGCCUCCUCGCCGGAUCCGGAGAAGUACUGGCGCGCCUACCUGAGGCUCGUCAGGAACGGCACGGUGAAGCAGCUGAAAGUCAAAUUCGAAAGCGCCGAGGACAUCCACACCGGGAGUUUGAAAAUCAAUCCAGCGCCUAAAAGGUUCCGUAGCGAUCCAGAGCUGACGCGGCGUCUUUUGAAGAAGGUCGACGACAGCAAGAAUCUAUUGAAGCCGCACGAGUUCGCGGACGUGGCCUGGCUGCGGCGCAAGUACGAGCCGCGGAGAGGAAAGGCUAGGCGGAGAGGGGAGUCCCCGCCUAUUCCGCGCGUGCCGCUCAAACGCGAGGACUUGGCGAUGCCGCAUAUAGACGUCAUCAGCAAGACGGCUGAGCUGAAGGACUCCUCGGUUUCUACCGUGACCAAUGGCGUGGCUAGGAGGGCGGAGACGGAGGAACUCGAGGCGAAGAAAGCAGUCGGUCGCUUGAGGAAGAAGUUUGAGGAGUUCGCGAGCCGGAAGACGUCGAUUCUGGGAGAGAUGUUCACCUCGUCGCCGGAUGUCCGCGAGCUGCGGGAUAUUGGUCCUUAUUUGGCUGGGCGAUGGGUGGCUCACAGGUACCCCAGUCGGCGAGAUAAUAUGCGUUCGCUGUCCUCGCCUCCGGAUCUGGCUGGGAGAUCUUCUUCGAAAAAUCGUGCGGAUUCGGGAGAGCUGGGGGCGGAGACGAGCGGCGAAAGCAAGCCGAUGGGCAGGCUACGGGCUUCGUCGAGAGAGCCAGGGUCUUUGAAACAGAGUGAAUCGUUAGGGAAAGAACAGUUCGAUCCAGAUAAGCACAGGCCGAGGUUUAGGUACCAACCUCCGCCGCCGACAUCUUUGCCUAGCUUGCGACGGAAGACCGGGUCGUGGUGGUCGCCGAUACCUGUCUACACCGCUCGACCCACUGUCACUUUUGAAGAGUAUACGAACGCGCCUCCGCCGCCGCCAAAAUGCCAACACUACAGAGACGACUGUCAAGAAUCACCGAGGCGUUAUGUGGAGGGCGAGGUGACGAUUCACUAUCGUUCACCAGUACGUACAGAGGCGAAGGAGCCAUUAAGUGAGGAAGAACUCGCACGUCGAAGCGCAGAGAACAUGCGACGCGUUUAUCAAGAGGAACGUCGUCGCAAGUAUCUUCAGGAACUUCAUGACAUCGAUUCGCGACGUCACACUGACAACUUCAUACCAUCGCAGAAGUCGCCGAUCCCUUUGAACCGUUACGACGACUUCGUGGACGACCUGAGCCACAGAAGUAGAUCGCAGGAGCAAACGCCGGAACCACGGCUGGUAGCGAGAGCGCUUUACAACUUUAUCGGUCAAUCCUCGCGGGAAUUGAACUUCCGUCGCGGUGACAUAAUAUUUGUCCGUCGCCAGGUGGACAAGAACUGGUACGAGGGGGAACACAAUGCUAUGAUCGGACUGUUUCCAUCGAAUUACGUCGAGAUUUUACCAUACGAUGGCAUGAGAACAACACCAAAGAAACCUUACGAAGGUCAAGCAAGAGCUAAAUUCAACUUCGUCGCUCAGACCAAUCUCGAACUUUCAUUGGCCAAAGGAGAGUUCGUUGUCCUGACAAGGAGAGUGGAUGAGAACUGGUAUGAGGGACGUAUUGGAAAUCGAAAAGGAAUAUUCCCUAUCUCUUACGUCGAAGUCAUUACAGAACCUGGACACAGAUCAGAAACACCAGUUCAAAAUAAACCAGUUGCCGCUCCAGCCGCGCACAGUCUCCUAGCAAACGGAUCAGCUGGGGGAAAAAUGAGCAUGGGACAUCAUCACUACAUGCCGUCCAUACCAGUCAAUAUAAACACAACUCAGCCCCACUUCAAUUCACUGCCAAGAAUGGGAGGAAGCAAAUUGCACGUGACGCAGCUCAACGAAGAAUUGCACAUCGAUACACACUCCGAGCCGAUACCAUACCGAGCCCUGUACCCUUACAGACCUCAAAACGAAGACGAGCUGGAGUUAAAGGAAGGCGACACGGUGUACGUGAUGGAGAAAUGCGACGACGGUUGGUACGUAGGUUCUAGUCAGAGGACGGGUUACUUCGGCACGUUCCCUGGCAACUACGUGGAGAGAUUGUGAGGAACAACGACGAGCCUCGUCGCUCCGCGUAUCGAGCCGCAUAUUAUGCUUUACCAAAGCGCUAAGUCGACCCAUUAACAUAGAUGAAAUUUAACCAUAACGCGUCGAUGAUAAGGGACGAAGAAAACACACGUCACAACAGUCUUCCUUAACCGAUAUCGACGUCGACGUUGCUCCAAUGAUAAACGCAGUCACGCAACUCGACACGAUGAACCUUAUCGUCGAAUUUACCAAAAACUUAUCCUAAGGUUACGAAUAACGUGUAAGUAGUGUACAAUAACAUUUACUUAUUUAUUAUACCAUUCACGAGGACAAUUGCGUCGAGCGGACAUAGGCGUUCGAGAUUAGGAAGAGAAUGGACAGCGUUCAUUCGCGUUCUUUUUUAGACAAAAUUUAAGGUUAUUUCUUGCGAAACAGAAAAAUUGUAAAAUAGAGCGUAACCUUAAGAGUUUGUUGAAAGCUAGCUCGUGAGAAUAUUCUGGUAUGCUUGUUUGAAACGAAGAAGUUUCCGUCGGGCCUAUUUUCGCUAGGGCCACCUAUAGGCUACAGUAAUCGAAGGGUCUAUCUGGUUUCACCAGCAACGAACAAAGUUAUUCGUCCAUUUAACCCUUUGCACUUGAGAGGUGACUCUCAGUCACCAUUAGGUCUCACGCAGCAAAUCUAAAAUACCUAAUGUUUCUUUAGGUUUCAUUUCUUUGGAGCUCCAAGUGUUAAUAAAAUGAUUGUUGAUGAGGUAAAGGUGACCUUAUUCUCAAAUCUAAAUAGCUUAGAAUCCAUGGCAAUAGAAUGUUAAGAAACAUCUCGAGUUGCUGGCAGAUACCAGAAAAAAAGGCCUCGACUGCAAAGGGUUAAUUAUUUAAUCGGUCAGAUGGCAAAUGGACUGCUGAUGUUUGCAGACGAAGAGAAUUGUGUUCAUUGAGAAGAUGCUAGGAGGACGUCAACAAUUUAUAAUAAAUUUGUGUACCGCACAGAUUACUAAUAUGGAACUAUUCUUAUGCGAAUAGUAUUUUUCGACAUGAGACUCUUGUUGCAAACGAGUCAUCAUUGUCAAAAAUUUCCAAACAAGGUGUUACGAGAUUCGUUGGUUCAAAAUUAAUAAUAAUACUUUGUAUUUUUGCAACUAAAACAAGUCAUAAAAGAUUUCACAACUUUCUAGUGAAUAUCUGACUCAAUUUUCCAAAUUUCUUAAGCAUUCAAAUACAAUUACUUUGGUCUUCCUGGAUUUUUAACUGAACACCAUUAUCUAUGAUGCAUAAACAAACAUUUAGCUUCGAACCUGGACCACACCAAACUUUAAGAAUAAAUUUCUUCAUCGUUAGUGAAACUGGAUACAUACUUACAUACCGCCUAAGUUUAAGAUGAGCCAAAGAUGUAAAGGUCUCGAGCAUUUUGUCUUGAGCCAGCGUUAAACGAUUGAAUACACGAACGUUUGUCUUGUUUCAAUGUAUCCAAGAUGAGAUAUGCUUUUGUCAAGAUUAUUCCGAAUCGAGAGGUUCACAUUAAAAAUGAAAAAGAAGAAAUGAAACAUAAACAAGAACCGUGAAUUCGAAUUCGAGGAACACGUUUCCUUCUGUGUUUGGUAUUGUAGAUAAAUCAACCGCGCUGAUUGUUACAUUCGUGAUUAUCCAAAUGUAAACGAUUUAUAAUUGAAAGUUUGCCUUCCCAAAUUAAUAUUUUUGUAAACAUUAUUUGUACCCAGAGUUAUAUAUGAAUUAUAUAAUGUAUAGAAGGUAUACGUUUGUAUAUCUGUUAUAUGUAAUUAUAUAUAGUUAUAAUAUAUGAAAAUGUAAUUGUAGAGAUAUUUAAUUACGUAAUUAUCUAUGCACGUGUUAAAAGUACGUACACGUAAGGUUCACACUCGAGUCGUGUGUUCAUAUUAAUCGUAACGAAUUUAAUGAUUUUCGCCGAUAUAACGAAAACGAAACUGCGAUCAGAAAAUCGACUUAUCACGAUGUUUCGCCAUCACGUUAAACGAUUAGGCUAUCCCUGAACUUUCAGGGGAAAAAGACUAACGUGAAUUUGGAAAGCAGACAAUACUAAUUACUAUUGUAACUCCCUGCGACGAGAAAGGGAAAAACUGAGUACGUAAUAAGGGCAUUAAUUCAACGAGUGCGACUAAUAAUCACAGGUCGAUAUUCCUUACACCGAUUCUCGACUAAAACAAACGAGCUUCUAGUCAGGAGCGUACGACUCAACGACUUGUCGUAUAUCGACAUUUUUCUACGUGUAAAACACUCGUGUCGAUCUGUAGUGCGUUUCAGAAUUACAGGUACAAUUAUCGCUAGCUUUUCAAAUUAACGAAUUUCAAGUAACAUACUUUUAGUUUAAAUGUUUUUUUUUUUUUAGACAUGUUUGGCACUUACUUUUAUCGUUUAAUUUCCUUGGAUUGAUAAUCAGUAGACUGCGGAUCUUUAUGGAAAAUAAAAUCUUCGCGAACGUGCCUACAAAAAUUGAAGCUAAAUGGGAAUUUAUUUUAUUCUGUAAAUAUUAUAACAUGAACUUUACUUCCAAUCUUUUUUAUAUUCUUGCAUAUUGUUUGCAUUUUGUAGGAUCUUGCACAUUCAAAUUUCCUAUAAAUGCAUAAUGAUCCACAGUCUAAUAAUCAGGCUUCAAAUAAAUGAAAUUCUCUAAGUAAUCGCAAGGAAUGUUUUACAUUUAGUUUGAAUAAACAUAGGAAACUGCUUUAAAUUAGUAUGAAUAAUUAGCAAUGAAAAGAAAGGAUUUCGUGAGCAAAGAAACUAACAGACAUGAAUUUAUAAUAUAAAAUGUUACAAAAUAGUAUAGAAUGCACUAUUAUUAAAAGUGUAAAUAGUUAAAAGUGUAAAUUGAUCUGUCGCAUGAUAUGGAUUUCUGUAUGAAUUUGAUCGAUAGAUCAUUGUAUAGUACAGUAUGCGAUACGUAUACUUGUAUAAACAUACAAACUAAAAAUUAUGAUUAGUUUUAAACUAGGAUGGCUCCGUACAAAGAACUAGUGAGUGCGUACUAAUUUUAUUGGAUAGUAAUUCGUAAUUUGCAAAAAAAAUAGCCUGCAAAGUAGUAAAAAGUGUUUCAUCUCUACGAAAGGAACCAUUUGUUGUCCCACGAGGAUGUAUUAUUAACUUCUUGUUGAGUACUAUUAAGUUAUUUAGUUUGUGUGCAUAAACUUCACACUGUUUUUCUAAAUACAGUAAAAACUGAAUGCUCCAGUCUUCUAAAAUUAAAAGUAACAAAAUUAUAUUUCAUAUUUUGACUGAUUUUGUCACGAGCUCUGUAAUUCUCAAUCAUAUCUAGCUUCCAAUAGAGAUACAUUAAAUUCAUAAAUAAAAAUAAUCUACGCUUAAUAAAAUAUUCUUGUGUUUCUUUAUUUUUGUUUUAUGUUCUUUGUCUGAUUGGUUCGAUACCUGUAUUUCUGAAACAACCUUUGCGUACUUGCGUACAUAUCUUACGUUACGUGCAUAUCUUCGCUGAUUUUGAGCAAAUGUAAUGUUCUCAAACGCAAAUUCCUAUAAGAGACAGUUUAAAGAAACCGAUAAACGGAAGACAAGAUAGAGUCGAGUCUUCCAAGUGUCCGAAUAAGUUUCUUUGCUCCUCGUGGAGGUCGAAGAAGUGAAUAUGAUAAUAUGGAACAUCAUAUCAUACGAAGCAGAGUUCCAUACUACCAUCUUCCCUUCGAUAUUUAUUAACGUGAUUCGUCCUGCUUGAUUUGAAUUCGUUUUGCCAAAUUUUUAACUCGCACCCCUAACAAUGUUACUGUGUACUAUACACUCGAAAUUGAAAUAAACCUUAGCCUGUUAUCAA